GUUAGGCCAUUGAUCUACAUGGUUAAUAAUUGUUUUACGAAAAACAAAAAAAGCACAGAAAGAACGAGGGAGCGAUGGAAAAGCAAACUGAUAAGCUAUGUGAUACGAGAAUGUAAGAGAGAGAGAGAGAGAGAGAAAGAGACAGCAGUUAUAAUGACCGUUGGUCAGACCAUGAGCUAUUGUCCUGUUUCGUAAUUCUAGUCUCCACAGAUCGUUGAAAAAGAAGAAACGUUCGUGGCAAACCAUUCAGCUAACAAGUUACCCCUUCCAUCUUCACACAAACUGUGUCUGAACAAAGACUCCUUUAUCAUCAAUCAACUUGAAUCAAUCCCAAUCAAAACUCUCUUUGGGUCAGUUUUACCUCUUUCUUUUUUUUGUGUUCGCUGGAGCCACAGAGAGAGAGAGAGGUUAUGGAACAGAUACCUGAAAAACUCAAGGCCCUUGUCAACAACAGAUGGCUGGUGUUUGUGUGUGCAAUGUGGGUUCAGUCAUGUGCUGGAGUUGGCUACUUGUUUGGAAGCAUUUCGCCAGUGAUCAAAAGUGCCAUGGGCUACAACCAGAGGCAGAUAGCUAUCUUGGGUGUGGCUAAAGACUUGGGUGAUAGUAUUGGCUUUGUAGCUGGAAGCUUGUGUGAGAUCCUGCCUAUUUGGGUGAUUUUGCUCAUUGGGGUUGUCCAGAAUUUUGUUGGCUAUGGUCUGGUUUGGCUUGUUAUUGCUAAUAUACUGCCUGAUUUGCCUCUCUGGGUGCUGUGUGUCGCUAUAUUUGUGGGAACAAAUGGUGAGACAUACUACAACACAGCAGCUCUAGUUUCAUGUGUGCAGAACUUCCCCAAAAGUCGGGGUCCUGUUGUGGGGAUACUUAAAGGAUUUGCUGGCUUAAGUGGUGCAAUUUUGACCCAAGUUUAUACCAUGAUUAAUUUUCCUAAUGAAGCGGCACUCAUCUUCAUGGUUGCAGUUGGGCCAUCAAUAGUUGUUAUUGCUUUGAUGUUCAUUGUUAGACCUGUAGGGGGACACAAACAAGUCAGGCCUUCCGAUGGUUCAAGCUUCCUUUUUACAUAUAGUGUUUGCCUUAUUCUGGCAGCUUAUUUGUUGGGAGUAUUGGUGCUUGAGGAUAUAGUUGGCAUAAAUCAAACUCUGGUCACAUUGCUUGGAGUGCUUUUAAUCAUUCUUAUAUUGCUUCCAGUUAUAAUUCCUAUUUUAUUGGUUUUUGCAUCGGAACCAAGCCCUCCAGUAGAGGAGAAUCUUCUCCCCAAGCCAGAGAAACAAGAAUCAGGUAGUUUUGAGCAGAAUGAAAAUGAGGUCAUUCUGAGUGAGGUUGAAGAUGAGAAGCCUCCGGAAGUGGACUCUCUUCCAGCGUUAGAAAGACAAAAACGAAUUGCACAGUUGCAAGCAAAACUGUUCCAAGCAGCUGCAGAAGGAGCAGUGCGGGUCAAGAGAAAAAGAGGGCCACGUAGAGGGGAGGAUUUCACCUUAUUACAAGCACUGAUAAAAGCAGAUUUUUGGCUAAUGUUCUUCUCCCUUGUACUGGCUGCUGGAUCUGGUUUGACCGUCAUCGAUAACCUGGGUCAAAUUUGCCAGUCUUUGGGGUACAGCGAUACGAGCAUAUUUGUAUCCAUGGUCAGUAUUUUUAACUUUCUUGGUCGUGUUGGUGGUGGAUACUUUUCUGAGACUAUUAUCAGGAAAUAUGCUUUCCCCAGACCAGUGGCCAUGGCUGUGGUUCAGGUUAUAAUGGCAUUUGGACUCCUCUACUAUGCUCUAGGCGGGCCUGGGCAAAUAUAUGUCACGACUGUGUUAACAGGACUAGGAUAUGGUGCCCACUGGGCUAUUGUGCCAGCCUCAGCUUCCGAGCUUUUUGGAUUGAAGUCUUUUGGCGCCUUGUAUAAUUUUCUCACACUGGCAAGUCCUGCUGGUUCUCUAAUAUUUUCUGGUGUCAUUGCUAGUGGUAUAUAUGACCAUUAUGCAGAGAAACAAGCUAGCCUUCGACAGCCAGUUUCAGGAUCUCUGCUCAGUAUUCCUCUUCGGGAUGAUGAUUCACUAACCUGUGAGGGUUCCAUAUGCUACUCUCUCACUUGCGCUUUAAUGUCAGGACUUUGUCUGGUUGCAAUGGUGUUAAGCUUGAUCGUUGUUUAUCGGACUAGAAGUGUGUAUGCUCAACUCUAUGGGAAGUCUCGCAAUUGAGUUGCAAGGAGGAGCCACUGUAGCUUUUUUUCUUUACUGUCAACCUGAAGAAUUUUGUUGGUCCUUAUCUAUGCGAUUGGGUAUGUUGCAGAGGGAAGAAAAGUGGGCAAACAUUUCCUUUUCAAGCAACUGCAAACAGGCAACUGGAGAUGUUUACAAGGUUUUCAAAACAAGCUCUGCAUGUUGUUUUAAUGUUGGAUGCAUACGGUUCAGAAGGCAUAGUUGAUUCUUAUACAAGAAUUAGAGGAUUCUGGUCAAGAGGUGCAGGUUAUUUCAUUCACCUGUAGACCAUAACCAGGAUCUGCUCAGCCAACUUAUGUUUGUAAUGUAGCCACCAUGCCUUAUAGAUGGUAGAGUUAGAAUAUUUUUCUUAA